AUAGUGGAUCCGGAAAACCUUCCUCUCUCCUUACUCCUAAGACCCACCAUCCAACUCCCCCUCCUCACACCAAUCACCAUAACCUACCCACAAAUAGUACUCGCCCUUUGCGGCAAACCUCCUUGCAUAGCUAGCUCAUCAGACACCCCCAACACCCAACCAAUCACUCAAUCCAACCGACGAUCGAUUCGUAGCAACCGAGGAGAGAGAAAAUGACGGAGGCAGUGAUCAGGAACAAGCCAGGAAUGGCGAGUGUCAAGGACAUGCCUUCCCUUCAAGAUGGACCUCCACCUGGUGGUUUCGCUCCUGUUCGUUACGCUCGUCGUAUCCCCACCAAAGGUCCUAGCGCCAUGGCCAUCUUUCUCACCACUUUCGGCGCUUUCGCUUGGGGUAUGUACCAGGUUGGCGAAGGCAACAAGAAGCGCCGGGCAAUAAAGGAAGAGAAAUAUGCUGCUCGCCGAGCCAUACUGCCUUUGCUGCAGGCAGAAGAGGAUGAAAGAUUUGUCAAAGAAUGGAAAAAAUACCUAGAAGAUGAGGCCAGAAUCAUGAAGAAUGUGCCUGGCUGGAAGGUAGGUGAGAAUGUAUACCAUUCUGGGAGAUGGAUGCCUCCUGCAACUGGUGAGCUUCGUCCUGAAGUUUGGUGAUCCACUUUGACGAUGUCACGUUUAAGAUCUUGUUCAUCCCUUGCUGCAGCCGAAGAAAUAAUAAUGUAGUAAUCCAAAUAUUUCUUUACCCUCACAGUGAGUGAGUGUCUAUUUGCUGCUGUUAUAAAUAUGAUUGCCAUUUUACUUUUUGUGUACGGCACUAGUGUUUUUCUUCCUUUACUUUGUCGUCAUAAUUUUGUCUUUAAAUGUCAUUUAUAAGUAAUCGCUGUUGGCAUUUCAAAGAAAAGAUUUUAUAACCUUUGUUGUGUAGUCUUUGAAUUCGAAGUUCAUUAGCACUGAUACAUGUUACCCGGUGUUGCGUAUAUGUCUUGACAGUCUUGCAUAUA